AGGCGGGGCUUGAGUUGGCGCAGGGGAAAGCGGUAAUGCGUACCGCUGAAUCCGAAAUGUCUGCGGAUGUGAAGUCUCGGCUGCUGCUUCUCAUGCCGCUUCUGAUGAAGAGGAGACAGACGGCAGACAUGAUGGGUGAUUUCCACAGGAGGGAAGCAGAGAUUCGGAGAAGGCGGCGAAAGAGCAGGUUCAGGGCGUACCAGCAGCACAGUCAGCGGCAGAUCCUAAUGUGUUUAAUGCUGAAGGCAAGAGCCUUGAGGUGUCCGCCGCCCAAAUCAUUGACCCAUCUGAAGCACUGCUCUUUCCUCAAGGAGUUUGGUCCACAGGACUGGUUUGAUCGAUUUAGGAUGUCAAAGGAUACAUUUGUUUACUUGUGCGAUCACCUGAGAGGCCGUCUCCACCGUCCAGGCCUAGCGCCUGAAGAAAAAGUAGGCAUCGCCUUAUGGACCUUGGCAAGCCACAACCGAUGCCCCCUACUACACAUGAAGUUUGGAGUUCGCCGAAAGGUUGUGAAGAAGUGUUUGAAAGAGGUAUGCCAGGCUGUGGUGACUGUUCUCAAACCUCUAUACCUUUAUCCCCCUGACCACGGGGUUCUUCGUGACAAAGCAAGGAUUUUCAAAGCUCGCUGGGGUUUUCCUCAUUGUGUAGGAGCAUUGGGUACACUUCACAUUCCCCUGCCUCCUCGCUCAAAGAUGGAUGGUGAAUGUUCUUUGGUACUUCAUGCAGUGGUUGAUGGACAAGGCGUGUUGUGGGACGCUUGUGCCGUCUUCCCUGGAAGCAUGAACAAUGCUUCAAUCUUGGAAAACUCUGUAGUGUGGGAACUGGCACUAGGAGGAAGGCUUCAGGCGGCACCAGAGGACGCUUUCCUUGAUGAAGCUCAGAACUACUUUUUGUUAGGUGAUGCUACGUACCCACUUAAGGACUGGUUGCUUACACCAUACACACAGGAUAGCAGACAGAGCCAGAGCCAAGCUAAGUUUAACCUUGGCCUGGAGCGGGCAAGAAGUGUGGCUGAAAUUGCACUCCUUCGUCUUCGUUCUCGAUGGCAGUACCUUCUGGAUCCACCAGAUUACGUAUUCCUACCUACUUUGGUAUUGGCAUGUUGUGUGCUUCACAACAUGUGUGAAACUCACGAGCAGAGGUUUGAUCCACGAUGGUUGGAGGGAGUAGAGACUGGAGAUUCUCCUUGCACCUUCUCACACUUCUGCCCGUCUACGCCUGUAGAUACCAGGGCAGAGUGGGUGCGGAGUGCAGUCUGCAGGUAUUUUGAGAGUCAGGACAAUGAAUAGGCCUAAUAAUGUGUUGUUUUUUGUCUUGCUUGCUCUUCCAAACACAUAUUCUUUUAAUUAAAUAAAAAUACACAGUGGCAUCUCCAGAGGAUUCCUUUUAAUAGCAGUUUUCUAUUAUGAAGGUGUGGAUAGAGAACAAAUGGAUUUGAGAGACUAGUAGCAAUCCUCUCCUACUGUUUCACUUACCCCACGACUAGAUUGUAAGCUCACAAGAGCAGGGCUCUCUUCUCCUUUAGUACCAGUUUGUUAUUUUUUGUGAUUUUAAAUAUAUCCUACCCACUCUGAUUGUAAAGCACUACGGAAUCUUCUGGCGCUAUAUAAAUGUAAUGUAGUAAGUAAAAAACAAACGAGUGUGGACCAUAUAACAGCUGGACAUCUAUCACUGUAGUAUCUAAAUAGCACGAUACAGUUUUACAUCUUCCCAUAUCUCUGUUGAAAUGUUGUAUAUAUUGAUGUAUUUGUAAUUAUUGUAAUAAA